CGCGCGGCGACUCGGAUGGGUGCAGGCAGCAGCGGAGACCGCGGGCGAGCGGAUAGCAUGGCUGCUGCGGCGGUGACCACCGGGCUCGGGGCGCCAGAGCCCAUGCCGAGUUAUGCACAGAUGUUGCAAAGAAGCUGGGCCUCGGCGCUGGCGGCGGCACGGGGCUGCGGGGACUGCGGCUGGGGACUGGCGCGCCGCGGCCUGGCGGAGCACGCGCACCUGGCUGCACCCGAGCUGCUGCUGGCCGUGCUCUGCGCGCUAGGGUGGACAGCGUUGCGCUCGGCAGCCACCGCGCGCAUCUUUCGGCCCCUGGCCAAGCGGUGUCGUCUGCAGCCUAGAGAUGCCGCCAGGUUACCUGAGAGCGCCUGGAAGCUUCUGUUCUACCUGGCCUGUUGGAGCUACUGCGCCUACCUGCUCCUGGGCACCAGUUAUCCUUUCUUCCAUGACCCACCCUCUGUCUUCUAUGACUGGAGGUCGGGCAUGGCCGUGCCUUGGGACAUAGCGGUUGCCUACCUGCUGCAGGGGAGUUUCUACUGCCAUUCCGUCUAUGCCACCGUGUACAUGGACAGCUGGCGCAAGGACUCCGUGGUCAUGCUGGUGCACCACGUCGUCACCCUGCUCCUCAUCGCCUCCUCCUACGCCUUCCGGUACCACAACGUAGGCCUCCUGGUGUUCUUCCUGCAUGAUGUCUGCGACGUGCAGCUGGAGUUCACCAAGCUCAACGUGUAUUUCAAGGCCAGGGGCGGGGCCUACCAUCGCGUGCACGGGCUGGCGGCCAACCUGGGCUGUCUCAGCUUCUGCUUCUGCUGGUUCUGGUUCCGCCUCUACUGGUUCCCGCUCAAGGUUCUGUAUGCCACCUGCCACUCCAGCCUGCAGUCUGUGCCUGACAUUCCAUACUACUUCUUCUUCAACACGCUGCUUCUGCUCCUCAUGGUCAUGAACGUCUAUUGGUUCCUGUACAUUGUGGCUUUCGCAGCCAAGGUGCUGACUGGUCAGAUGCGUGAACUGGAAGACCUGAGGGAAUAUGACUUGCUGGAAGCUCCGACAGCCAAGCCCUGCAAAGCCCAGGAGCCGCUGAGGAACGGCCUGGCGAAGGACAAGCUCUUCUGAGUCUCUCUUCCUCAACUCCCGCCAUCCAGCA